GGGUUUGAGUGCGGUCCUUCCAGCCAGAAGGCGCCACAAGCCGCUGGGUCCCGCUUGAUGCCACCGCUAGGAAACUCCUCAGGGUAAAACUCCCCGUUAGGAGCCGAGCUCCAGUCCCGCCGCGAUUCAGUUAAAUAUAACUGUCCAUCACCGUGAAGUCAAUCGAGCUACUUAUUGCGCACAAAGUUAAGGACACCAGUCUUGGCAGGAUUGGAGCUUGAGGUGGUGUCUUGGUCCCCAAAACGGGUACAAAUAGUAUUGAGGACUCAGGUGUUGUUUCAGAGGAGCUGUGGAGGGGGAGCUCCUGCUACCAUGUCCUGGGUACAAGCUGCAGUCAGCAGGACCAGCGAGGAUGUAUUCGAUGAAGAUGCUGAUGAGAUGCACCUUGUACAAAAAGAGUGGAAGAGCACCAUGGAGAAAAGGAUCAAGGAAGGCUACAGAGAUGGAGUUGAGGCUGGAAAAGAAUGUGCACUCCAGCAGGGUUUCAAUCAGGGAUACAGAGAAGGUGCCAAGGUGAUGAGGACCUGUGGCCAGUUCAAAGGGAUUUUAAAUGCUCUCCUGUCUUGGUGUCACCUUAACGGACAUGAUUCUGCUCUGCUGAGCAAGAUAAAUGAUCUCCUGGAUGCAGUUGGCAAAUAUGAAGAGCAUGUACUGAAGUGUCUGAAUUCUGUCCAUCCACAGCCCCACCUUGGGGAGUUACUGGAUUCAGUUCAGGAUAUGGACCUUAGCUGUACAAUCCCAGCUGAGGAAGAGUUUAAUGGAACUAAAUCUGAAAGACCCUGUGGAAGUGGUACCAUGUUCAGUGAGAGCUGUUGCAAGAGUAAUGGUGAGACUGACUCUGUGCAAUCUGAAUACUGUCAGACAAAAAAACAUGGAGAUUCAGAAGGUCCAACCCUUGCUUGGGUUAAAGAACAGACUGUUUGCUUAAUAAAGCAACUAGGGUUGUCAUGGGAUAUAUUACAGCUUAUCCAGCAGCUUGAAAGUUAAUUUCUAUGGGUUUCUCUUUGGUAACAUUCAUAAAACAACAAUAGUACAAUAGUAUUUUGUUUAUAAAUAAGACAUAGGAUGUCAGCUAAAUUACUUAUUUGAUGUUGCCAAUAAAACAAUGUCUGUUUUAUAAUG